GCGGCCCCGCCCCCGUCGGGCAGACGCAGUCGGGGGCGGGGCCGCGCCUGCGCAGACCCCCUGUUAUGGCGGCCGCCUAGGUCCCACCGAGAGGGUGGUCGGGUGGGACUCCAGGCUGGGACCUGCGGCGGGCCCUGAGAUAUGUUCAAGGGGGCCUCCUUAUUUCCAGAUAGCUGAUUCUGGCUGGAUUCUCUUCCUGGCCAAGUCUCUGAGACCUCCUCCCAGGGUGAUGCAAAGCUAUUGGCUGUCUACCAGCUUGGGCCUGUCUGCACUGUCUCCUCUGGGACCUGCCAUACUAAGAACCUGUUCUCGCCUCUGAGGGGCUCCUGUCCCAGGACUAAGGUGGAGCCUGGGCCAUGGUGCAGCUGGCUCCUGCCGCAUCCAUGGACGAAGUCACCUUUAGAAGCGACACUGUGCUGUCAGACGUCCACCUCUACACCCCAAACCAUAGACACCUCAUGGUGCGGCUGAACAGUGUGGGGCAGCCAGUUUUCCUCUCCCAAUUCAAGCUUCUCUGGAGCCAAGAUUCUUGGACAGACUCAGGGGCCAAGGGUGGCAAUCACAGGGAUAUUCACACAAAGGAGCCUCCUUCUGCUGAGACGAGCAGCACAGGGUCCCCUCCAGGAAGUGGCCGCGGUAACGAGGGUUUCUCCCUCCAGGACGGGGCUGACACCACUGGCCAGGAAGUGGCUGAAGCUCAGCUGGAUGAGGAUGGGGAUUUGGAUGUGGUGAGGAGACCACGAGCUGCCUCUGAUUCCAGUCCAGUAGGGCCUCUGAGAGACAAGGUACAUCCCAUGAUUCUAGCACAGGAAGAAGAUGACGUCGUGGAAGAGGAAGCACAAGGCAGCCCCCACAAUAUCAUCAGAAUAG